CUUUAUCUAAAAGUCUCCAAACAUCAUAUCAUCCGUAUACUGGCAAAUAUUUCCCCCUUGAAGAAUGCGGCCAACGCUAAAAUCAAAUCAACACACAUGCACACAUUCACAAAUGCACACAUGCCCAUAUAAUACAUAUGCAGCAGUAUUACAGUAAUUCAAAAGAGAAUCACAAACAAUUGACAAUAAUGAAUUUCACCCGCAAUCCUUAUGGUUUACCGCCGUACCAUUACACUCCGUAUAAUACCGUCUAACGUUGAAACUUCAUUUCAACUUUCAUAACAUAAUCUCCAGUAAUGUAUCGCAUAUUCGUGUAUGUGCACUUGAAGGAUGGUGAUUGUGCGAGUAAUUGUCGAUGUGAGAAGAAGGCAGCGUAAUAAUAUCUGUUAUGCAGAACGGAAAAAUAGGAAUUUAUAAAAAAAGUAGCGCAAGAGUUGUGAAUGGAGAUAAAAAAUCAAAUUCUCUCUUUGCAAUGUGCGGCUAUAAUCUUAACAAUAGCAGCAUUAACCGCAAUAUUAAGAGCUCAUCACUUUUGAAUCUAACCGAAGAAGUUUAUAAAACAACAGAAGCAAAAAACAUAAUAAUAACAACAACAACAACAACAACAACAACAAUAACAAAAGCAGCAAUUCAUCAUAAAGCGAUAUCAUUAUCCCGGUCGAAUGCUAAGCGUAACAUUGCCAAUGCUUACGUAAAGACAUCUUAUACUAAGUGGCAAAUUGUCAUAUUAACGUUCAUUAUUUUAUUAUUAUGUUGCACAAGUCACGUGCUGGCAAUACGAAAGGGUCGUCUUAUGACUCCGAGCACAUUCACCGCUUUAAGCGGAGAUCUUCAUGUACAGAUACAGUUUAUGCAGGAUGACGAUAAUCGCAAUAUUAAUAGCACAGCAACGAUAUCUACCACCUUCGAGGAGACUGUUGGCAAUAUGACAACAGCACGCACCAAACAGCCAUCAAGUGGAAAUGUCACAGAGACAAAAACAAAAACUGUUGAGAACAUUAUCACAAGUACUUUGGUCAUUAGUAAAUAUAUCGAUGAGGUGCAAGAGUUGACAGCGCCUGAAGCUUUCCCAACAACAACUACAACGGUAGCUCUUAUAGAGUCUAAUGAUACCAUGAUUGAUGGCAAAAUAUUGCAACGCAAACGCAAAGAAAUUGUACAAAAUAUUCCAGUCUAUCCGGAUCCGAGAUACAAUGUGACACAAAUUGCUGUUCCAUGUCAGACAUUUAUACGCGGUGGACUGUAUGAAAUGCAAGUAGUAACAAAUUUGAAAACUUUCAAUCAUAUACCGCUGAAUUCGACGAAAAUUCCUGUAACAUCACAGUCUGGUGUAGCUAAACCCACCAUGACCACAAGUACUACGACUUUGAUACCGAUAAUGGAUGAACGUUUAAAACAGACCUUGGAUGUGCGAUGGCCUAGCGCUGAAAUGCUUAUUAGCCCUGUACGUUUACGCACAUAUCCCGACCGGCCGGUAGAAGUGACUUUGCGUUUUCCCGAAGUCAACUGCGAUCAGGCAUGGCGUAGCGAGGAUUUGCCAGAAUUUUGGCUUGAAUUAAUAUAUUGUGGCAAAGAACGCCCCUGCUCCACCCUAAUGCCGCAAAACAUAUCGAAAUCUAGCGUUUUAUUUGCCGAGCAAGUGCGAGGCUAUCCGAAAUAUUUUAACGUGAAAUUAAACUGUGAACUUUUCGGUUUGGCUGGAAAUUAUGCGGUGCAGCUAAGGCCGAUGCUAACAACUCUUAACGUGCCGAUAACUCGACGAUUCCUUAGCGUCGAUUGGAGUGAAAAGUAUGUUUUCAAUGUUUACGCGCGCAGUAUUUUCCCAUGUGAUCCCCAUACCGGUAUAGGGGUACUUUAUGAAUAUCCCGGAUGCAUUUUAGAGCAAGGCGAUCGAGUACGUUUAUAUGCUAAACUAAGAGCAGAUGUUGCUUCCCUAAAACCACCAACCACUUUGCAUUACAUAGCUGAACAGCGAGUGGUGAAAAAUCAAUAUUCGCUAUACUUCAGUUGCGAUCUUUUCACCGAAAAAUACGUAGAAUAUUGUUUUGUUUACGUUAGCCAAGCUAUAUCAGGUGCAGUUGCGGAUGUCCGGAUGGACUGUGUACCCACUCUACCAGUUAGAGAAUCUGAUACUGGCGGUUGGGGUCCUUGGAGCGAAUGGACGCCUUGUUCAACCAGUUGCUUGGGCGGUACACGCAAUCGUUAUCGUUUCUGUGAUUCGCCACCUCCACGCUAUGGAGCCAAAUUCUGUGAGGGUGCUUCGGUACAGACUGAGAAAUGUGGCAAUUCAGUGAUCGACACUUGGGAUUGUAUAUAUGAAAGUGGCGGAGCUAUUAUCAAUAACAUUAACCGAACUGGUGUAAGUCAAGAAAUUGGUCCAGGCUGCCGUUGCGGCUGCAUUGUUCACUUGGGUUCAUCGAAACCAAAACGAAUUAUUGCCGGAGCAACACAAAGCUGUCCAGGCAGAUCAUUUUGGUUAAUACAGGUUGACGGCGAAGAGUAUAUAUCAAUGGAAUUAAAUUUUUUACGUUUGCCAUGUGCUACGCAAUAUAUUAAAGUGCGUGAUGGGCCAUCGUUAUCUUCGACACUUUUAACGGAAUUGCAGGGUGGCGACACAAUACAUUCAACUGACGCAAUUGGAGAAAAUAUGAAUGUACCAUUACGCUUAGAAUCCGGUCGAGCGCAAUUAUUAUUAGAAUUUUUUGCGGGCGAAGAGUCCUCUUUAACAAAUCAAACCGGCUUAAUGUGCACGGGCGGUUUUUUAGCGAAUGUCGAACAAUUAACUAAAAACUCAUCGGAAACCUCGGCAGCCACUUUACUGAUUGCUACCGGAUUAACAGUGAAAAGCCGGUCAAUAUUAAAAAGGCCUCAGUUAGCUGCCAAGUUCACAUUGGUGCACGUGAGUGCGAUAAUAUUUGCCAGCAUUAUUAUUUUAAUAAGUGCUUUAUUAGGUGCCCAAUAUGUUUUGCGCUAUCGUAAAUAUCAUUUGGCGGUGGCGCGAAGCAGAGAUGAAGGUUCGCGAUUGCAUACGCCCAGAGCUUCGAUGAGUUCGUUACAAGGACCGCCUUCUCGAGCCCUCUCCACCACGACUUUAAUAUCGGAAGUGAUUUACAUGGUCAAAAUGCGUCCCAAACGUCAUCUACGCCAUUCUAUACUCAGAGAAAGCAUUGAUGCUGAAAAUUUAGCGCGCGAAACUGAACUGAAUGAUUCACGAGUUAAGGAGUCCAUGGUUAACUGUGUUGAAGAAUUUGGCAGCAACGGAUCUAUAAUCACUUUAAGAAAUGCAAUAAUAUCUCCUAUAACUGAGACUUUAAGCCAAAGUCCUUCGUACGCGGAAGAGAUUUUGAACAGCGAUUCAUUAAACUCGGCUGCGGGUGAAGGCGACGACGAAGAAAAUGUUCAUAGUUGUGGUACUUUGACACGCAAAGACAGCUCCAAAGAUAAUGAAAGUAUUGUAUCAUCGGGUAUGAGUUCAAUUUGUUAUAGUCCAUCUAGGCAAAGUAGAGAUUUACGUAAAUAUAGCGAAGCUACUACAUUAAAAUUAACGAGUUCUCACUUUAACAUAGAAGAUAAACUUAAGAACGUUAAGAGGAACCAAAACGUAAAUUCUGAAAAUAUUCAGUCAGUUUUAACUAAUGGUUGCUAUUCCUCAGCGAACAGUGUCGUCAGUACGGCCACAAUACGGAGUACAACGAAUCCGAAAGCAAAUAAAGAUAAACAGAAUCGUAAAAAGUUGCUAACACGUCCUGGUUCCGAAUUUUCUUUGGGUAAUCCCGAAGAUUUUGAAUUGGACUAUUAUGAUUAUAAUGUGACAAAUGCGGGUUCGGUUCCCGGAUCAUAUUUAGGUAUGGAUCCGGCUUAUUUAAUAUGGGUACCACCCUUUGAUGAGAUAAGUACCCCGGAUCGUGAAGACGCGGACAAAACACCACGACCCGGCGAUUGCAAUGCCACGUUCGAUGAGACCCAGCCUUUAUAUGAAGAAAUAAAAAUGCCAAAGUAUUCACAUUACUUAAGUCCUCAUAGUAAUACAGAUUCUAGUAACAAUACCACCAAUACGACACCCACCUCUGAGGAAAUCUCACCGUUGAAUAGUAAUUUUCAGUCAAAAGCCACCACGCCCAGUGAAACAGAUUUAAAAAAUUCUUUCAUAAGGAAAGUAAUAUCUGCGAGUUCAACCACAAAUCCCACGAAAUCGAUAAGUCCUUACCUUGCGCGGAAGCGAAAGAGACAAGAAAAGCAACAAUCAAAGUCAACUUUGGCGUUACAAAACCAUCCCAAUAAAGACAGCAUAGCAUUGCAGGAACUUAAUGCUACUAAAUCAGCCCGAAAUGUAAGCGAAACAAGCGAACAAAAGCCCAUAAGCAGCAAUAGUUCUUUAAUCUCGGUAUUAGAAACGGAAUCCAUGAAUGGUUCAUAUAUAGAGAAGGAAACAUCGGUAGUUAAGUCACCCAGUGACUUGCAACAACGAUUAGCCUUGGAUGAUAUACAAUACGCUGAUGAAAGUGAAAGCGAUCACGAUAGUCAUUCUACGGAAAGAAAUCUAACAGCAAAAGAACGCCUAAAAGAAGAAUGCCAACUCUUAAGAAAUUUAAAGAAAGUAAGUACCGCAAUAGCGGUAAAAAAAGCUCAAACAUUUAAU